CGGCGGCGGCGGCUACUGCUACUGCUGCGCCCGGCCGCCACGACCGGCAGGAGGGGGAACCGGCUGGCUGGCUGUGGAAAGGGGUCGCUAAGCGGGCGGCGGGGGGAGGCCUGGCUUUGCGGACGACGUUCCAGGAAGCCUUAAAGCAUGUCAGGGAAAGGGGGUCUUUAUGCGUGUGAAGAUCCAGCCUCCUGGGAAGCCGUUUUGACGAUUUACCAGGAUGUGAUUGAAGCUAUGGGAAGCAAGAAGAAGAAACUAAUUGCCUUGGAUCAGUGGUAUCAAGAAGAGUUGCCCGAAAUUCUUGCAGGGCGCAAGGAAAAAUACUUGACAAAAGAGGAAUUGUCGAAACUCAUGGAAUGGAAGCUUACCAGAGGAAAAUUUCGGCCUCGUUUGCAGCAGCUGGUGGCUGCUAAUCCGAGCGAGAUGGUGAAGGAACAUACCAAAAAAGCUUUCCGUCAACUCCCAGACAUAGAAGUGGCCAUAAAGAAGUUGAAUGAACUGAAGGGCAUCGGGCCAGCCACAGCUUCAGCCAUUCUCGCUGCCGGUGCACCCGAAAUUGCUGCCUUCAUGGCUGAUGAAGUGAUGGAGACCCUCCCAGGCCUGGGACCCCUCCAGUACACCCUGAAAUAUUAUCUGCUUUAUAUGGACAGGAUUCAGAACCUUGUGAAGAAACUGAACAAAGGUAACACCACGGAAACCUGGACAGCUCACCUGGUGGAAAAAUGCCUCUGGACCUGGGCUUUGGCUGAAAAGCUACGUUUGCCCUCUUUACCGAUUAUGAGCCGAGAGGAAGACCAGGGAGAUGGUGAUGAGCAAGGAAACAGAGCCAGGAAGAAGCAGAGAACCAGCUGAACGUGUUCUGACCUAGGCUUCUGAAGAGAGCUGACUCCUCGUCCCGAUAAAACCUCUUUUAUUUUGGUUCAAGGGAAUUCCUUUCCAGCAAAGUUCCGGCAAAGAGUCUUUUGUGAGAUUUCACAACUACAGACCUUGAUCGGGCUUGGAGAGCUGCCAGGCCGAUAUCUUCCAAACGCCAUGCUG